AUGGAACGACAUAGCAGCAUCAAUUCCUUCGGAAAACGCGACAAUGAUGAUCCACCAAGAAAAGAACCACGUAUGUUAAAGUCACAAAGAGAAAUGUUCGCAGAUUAUCAAGACUCAAGAAGAGACUCAGACUCGUACGCUUCAAAACACUUUGGAAGUACACCGAGAAGAGAAGUUGAUAGCUAUAGACCAAGCCAUAGAACACAUAAUCCAUAUUUUCCUCGAGCUUCAUACCGCAAUCAUGCGGUUCACCACCCUUCGCGCCUCGGUCCUGGUACACGUGAGACCACCACUCAGGGGUCAGAGAAUACACGCUUCGACACCGCGAGAACUUCGCUUAGCGGUGUUGCAGGAUCUGCAAACGCAACAGAAGAAUGGGAGUCAGCUCCACUGGUCUCGCAUCCUGCAGAAGUCGUUGCUUCCCCAGAGAGAGAAGAAGCCCCUCCAUCAAGAGCCGAGGACGAGUACGAGCUCCUUUCCGAGCAUGCCGGAGGCCCAAUACGCCGCUUCACCAAGCUAAUGUGUGACGUCAUCACCAAAACGAUUACAGAAAAUUCGGGUAAUAAUUAUUUGAGCGCGAUAGAGAUUCUCAGCAGAGCGUGCAAUAACGUUGCAGUGAAAACCGGUACAUUUCUCGAAGUACACGACUGUUGGUUGUACUGGCGCAAGAAGGGUAUGCAAAGAGAUAUCGCUCCACGCUGGCCAGAAAAUCUAGAUGAGGUCGACAAGGAGGUGGAAAGAUAUAGGCAAUUGAAGACUACCAAGUCUGAAAGCACUAAAGCAGCAUAUGUAGCGAGAUUGGCCACAGCACCAGUCACCUCCGAGAGCUCUGUAACUCCUGUGACUACCGAGACUGUCGCGGCACCAGGCCCAGCCCGAAAAUCUAAGCAUUGGACUCAAAAAGAGAAGAACUUCCUUUUUGAAAUGGUGAAAGCACGUGUAAAUAAGGAAUAUCGUGUGAAGUCCAUGAAGUACUGGUGGUCGAUGGUCGGGGUAGCAAUGAGAAAAGAAGGAUAUACCAGGAAAUCGGAUGAAUAUCGCGAGUGGUUUGAGCAGCAUGGUCGCAAGCACUUCAGCUACCACGAAACCGGUUACUAUUCGCAGCCUGGCGAUCUUCGUGUUCACGCUGGCAGAAUGCAACAUGGGAAUGGGAUCAUGACACCAGAAGACUCUCCAGUCGACGAUGCUCCAAGGAAAAGACGAGGAGAUUCGCAGCUUAAUAGUAGCAGAGUGAGAUUUAAAGUUUCCCUGGCGCAAAAAUCGCCCAGGAUUCCCAAGACGCCCAAAGCCAACAAGCCACGGAUGGCAAGUAUGGUAGCACAUGACAACAAAAGUUGGGCGGGUGGCUAUAGAGUUAAAGACAAGACGGCAAAAAGAGCAGAAGAGUACCCUCUACAAUUAAUCACGCCAUCUACUGGCGAGCGAUUUGAACCUUUCACUACCGAGCCGCGGGCAGCCUAUGCUCCUCCUCCAUCCCCAGCCGCCAGCCCGCCCGGAAGUCCUUUGUUCGUAACCGAAGACGAGCCGCAGAUCGAGCCGCAGAACGAGCGAGAUUCAGUGCCAUCAGCUCGGAAUUCGACCACUUCUCGCUUCUCCACUACACCUGCAUUGGCAGAUUAUCAAUCCAUGAUGUCAGAUGAGACAACUACGCCCGAGGAAGCUUUGAAACCGGAUGAGACAAUGACGUCAAAUGAGGGAGUAUAUUCGGGAGAGCCAACGACUGCAGACGAAAGAAUCGAUUUCCAAGAGACAAUGUCAGAAGAGGUUGAUGAUACACCAUCACUCCAACCGAACGAAACAGAGGAUGCAGAGAACAGUGUACAAUGGAUUGGUGACGAGUGGGGCUUCGCCACUCCACCCGCAAUGCGACCAAGUGGAACGGAUGGUAUGACACAGAUGGAUAAUCACGAGACCCCAUUGUCCCAGCCAGUCUCCACAAGUGAUAUCGAGUCCGAAAACAGCCACGGCUCGAAACCAGAGGAACAGUUGUUACGAGAACAGCAGGAGCGGACCGAUCUCGAAAUCGCUAACUUGCGAGCGAAUUAUUUGAGAGUCAAGGAAGCAAGAGAGGAUGACAUGAAGAAACUUGAUGAUACUGCGGAAGAACUAGAUAUUAUGAUCUUGAGGAGAGCCGAGCAGCUGGAAAGCCAGGCUGCUAAUCUAGCCGAGAUGCAAAGAAUCGAAGCGGAACUCGAGGAAAAGAUAAAGGUCAAACAGGCUUUGAGUGGUGCUCUUGAAGAAACUGGAGUUUUAUGGAGAGGCUGGAGGGUAAAGGGCUUCCAAUUGUCCAGGUUGAAGUCCGAUGAUCAGACGAAGUACUAG